AUGCAAGCAAGACACCGGUGCAAGCAAGCAUGCAAGCAAGACACCGGUGCAAGCAAGCAUGCAAGCAAGACACCGGUGCAAGCAAGCAUGCAAGCAAGACACCGGUGCAAGCAAGCAUGCAAGCAAGACACCGGUGCAAGCAAGCAUGCAAGCAAGACACCGGUGCAAGCAAGCAUGCAAGCAAGACACCGGUGCAAGCAAGCAUGCAAGCAAGACACCGGUGCAAGCAAGCAUGCAAGCAAGACACCGGUGCAAGCAAGCAUGCAAGCAAGACACCGGUGCAAGCAAGCAUGCAAGCAAGACACCGGUGCAAGCAAGCAUGCAAGCAAGACACCGGUGCAAGCAAGCAUGCAAGCAAGACACCGGUGCAAGCAAGCAUGCAAGCAAGACACCGGUGCAAGCAAGCAUGCAAGCAAGACACCGGUGCAAGCAAGCAUGCAAGCAAGACACCGGUGCAAGCAAGCAUGCAAGCAAGACACCGGUGCAAGCAAGCAUGCAAGCAAGACACCGGUGCAAGCAAGCAUGCAAGCAAGACACCGGUGCAAGCAAGCAUGCAAGCAAGACACCGGUGCAAGCAAGCAUGCAAGCAAGACACCGGUGCAAGCAAGCAUGCAAGCAAGACACCGGUGCAAGUAA